AUGAGUGGCCGGUUUGGAGGGAAGUCGAAUAAAACUCGUCCCAGUCGGCCAGUAACUGCUCGUCCGCCCUCAAUCGGCUCAAUCGGCUUAAUCGAGAAUGGGAAAAAGAGACUCCUAAUCUCGUUUCAAGUUUGGGCUGAAUUCCCUAUUUUCACGCAAGCCAGUUUUGCUGCCUCUUACGACUUGUCGCAUUUAUUGAGCAGACAAGUUGAGCCACUUCUCCGCCGUCGUCUCAUCCUCGUCAGUACCGUUCAAGCCGCUAUUUCUAUUCUUCCAAGUGGACUGACACAAAUAUCGGCCUCCUCAUCCAGAGCCUCCACGAUGGAACGACAAGCAAGUUUGAGUCGGACGAAGGUCUGCCUCCUCAAAACAACCAGAAGAGGAAAUCUCCAAAAAAGGCCAGACGACAGACUGACAACCUGGACUAAUUGA